UGCCUUCCCUGCCACAGCCAGGCCCCGAGGGACAGACUCAGGGUGAGCUGUGGGAAAGAUCAGCUCUGCAUGCUCACAGGCCCUGCAGCCCAGCCGGACACAAGAUGGAGAGGACAGGUGUGCAAGGUGGGUGGGGGCUGCAGAGAAGGGGAUCGCAAGUCCUCCAUCUGGGGAGCUCCCUUCAGCUGCUCAUUUCAUGCCUGAGUCCCCAGGGCCCAGCUUCCGGCUCAGCUUCCCCUUCUGUUCGGCUACAAUCAGCUACAGCACAAGUGCAGAACGAGCUCAUCUGGGGCAGGUCCAGGUGAUGCCUAGGACCAUGCUGCUCCUGCUGUCCCUGCUGCUGGGCGGGUCCUGGGCUCAGCAGCCAGAAUACCGGCUGGAAGUGGAGAAGUGGGUGUCAGUGCAGGAGGGCCUGUGCAUCCUCGUGCCCUGCUCCUUCUCCUACCCCGGGGACACCUGGAACUCUGACCAAGUUUACGGCUACUGGUUCAAAGAAGGGACUGAAGUGGACAAGGGAAAUCCAGUGGCCACGAACAACCCAAACAGAAACGUGCAAUGGCGCACCCAGGGCCGAUUCGAGCUCGUGGGAAAUCCCCUGGAGAAGAGCUGUACCCUUCUGAUCAGAGACGCGUGGUGGGACGACCAGGGGAAGUACUUCUUCCGAGUGGAGAAAGGAAGAAAGGUGAAAUACAGCUUCAAGGACAAGAUGUUCUGGCUAGAAGUGACAGACCUGACUCAGAAGCCGGAUAUCUUCAUUCCUGAGACCCUGGAGCCCGGGCAGCCCGUGACUGCACUCUGCGUGUUUAACUGGAACUCCGAGCAAUGCCCAGCUCCGGCCAUCUCCUGGGCAGGACCCGCCCUGGCCUCAGGAGGCACCAGACCACCAGGCGCCCCCUACUUCAUGCUCAGCCUCACCCCAAGACUGCAGGACCAGGAUGCCGAGCUCACCUGUCGAGUGGACUUCUCCAGGGGCGGCCGGAGCACUCAGAGGACGGUCAGACUGAGCAUAGCCUAUGCCCCCGAACACCCUGUGAUCAGCAUUUCCCAUGACAACGGGUCAGCCCCGGACACCCAGGGAAAUGGCUCCUACCUGGAGGCCCAGAAAGGCCAGUUCCUGAGGCUCCUCUGUGCUGCUGACAGCCGGCCCCCCGCCACGCUGACCUGGGACCUGGAGGGCAGAGUCCUUGCUCAGUCCCCUCCCUCAGGACCCAGACCCCUAGGGCUAGAGCUGCCCGGGGUGAAGCCUGGGGACGCGGGGCGCUACACCUGCCGGGCAGAGAACAGGCUGGGCUCCCAGCACAGCACCCUGGAGCUCUCAGUGCAGUAUCCUCCAGAGGACCUGAGAGUGACGGUUUCCCAAGCAAACAGGACAGUCCUGGAAAUCCUCGGGAACGGCUCAUCCCUGCCCGUCCUGGAGGGCCAGAGCCUGCGCCUGGUGUGUGUCACCCACAGCAGCCCCCCAGCCAGGCUGAGCUGGGCCCGGGGGACACAGCCCCUGAGCCCCUCCUGGCCCUCAGCCCCUGGGGUCCUGGAGCUGCCCCGGGUGCAGAUGGAGCAUGAAGGGGAAGUCAGCUGCCAUGCGGAGAACCCGCUGGGCACCCGGAGUGUCUCUCUCAGCCUCUCUGUGCACUAUGCCCCCCAGCUGCUGGGCCCCUGGUGCUCCUGGGAGGCCAAGGGUCUGGGGUGCAGCUGCUCCUACCGUGCCCGGCCUGUCCCGUCCCUGUGCUGGCGGCUCGGGGAGGCGCUGCUGGAGGGGAACAGCAGCAAUGCCUCCCUCACGGUCACCUCCAGCUGGGCCGGGCCCUGGGCCAACAGCUCCCUGAGCUUCCCCGGGGGACUGAGCUCUGGGGAUAGGCUCAGCUGCGAGGCAGGGAAUGUGCACGGAGUCCAGAGGGCCACUGUCCUGCUGCUACUGGACAGGGCGCCCGUCUCCGCCGCGUUAUCCAAGGGAGUGCUCCUGGGAAUCGGUGGCACAGCGCUCCUUUCCCUCUGUCUCCUUCUCAUCCUUGUGAAGGCGCUGAGGACCAGGUGGGCCCAGACGGAGACCCCGAAACCCAAGUUCUCCCGCAGCAGCACCAUCCUGGAGUACAUCAACGUGAUCCCUAACGCCAGGCCCCUGGGUCGGAGUCGGAAGACCAAGCCAAGCAGCACUUCCCAGAUCCCGUCUCCAGAAACCCACUCCCCAGCACGGAAGAAGAACCAAAAGGACCAGCGCUUGGCUUCCCUUGGCUGUCCAGAGCCCAAGACAUCCACCAGCACCAAAGACUCUGAGAUCAGCCCCGGGGGGCUCCACUAUGCUACUAUCACCUUCCCAGGCCUCCGGCCACAGGAGAACCAGCAGCCCACGGUCACCCAUGAAGACUACACAGAAAUCAAGUUCUACCGAGGGUCUCCUGGGCUUUAGGGCGGGCAGCAAGGUGGGGUAAUA